UAGUAGCAGUCAACGGUGUCCAGGCAUCGCAACGCUUAGAAGACAUACGGGACAUCGAGAUCUGUUCUUCGUCCGACCCGCUGAUCACGGUGCAUCACGCAGUUGCGUUACGGAGCGGAUCUCCUAGCCGCAGCAUCCUCCCCGUUGAACGUGUCCGUGGCUACGUAGGCGGGUAAUUACGGAACCAACCGGAAAUACGUUUGGAAGUCGAUCAAGCUUGAUCCUCUACUUGGCAUCCCCGUGGCAGGAUGAAGCUGUGCUGGAGUUUGGCUCUCGUGGCCGUCGCCCUGUUGAUGAUUCUUACGACCACGCGAGCGGAAGCUGAUCUGUGGGAGGAGGAUGACAAGGAGGUGCUUGUACGAACAGUGCGCGGUACUAAGGAACGAACAUCCGGCAGCUCCUCGUCGUGCAGAUACGUAAAGGGUCAAUGGUCGGAAUGCGACUCGAAUACCAACACGCGGUCACGCACUCUGAGUCUCAAGAAGGGCGACAAAUCCUGCGAGCAGACCAAGACUAUACAGAAGAAGUGUAAGAAAGCAUGUCGAUACGAGAAAGGCACGUGGAGCGGAUGCGUGAAUCAGAUAAUGACGAGAAUCGAUAAUUUGAAAGCAAACAGCGAUACAUCCUGCGAGAAGACGCGACGACUCACUAAGAGGUGUAAACCGGAGACCAACACUAAGAAAUCCGCCAAAGGUGAACGAUCGAACAAGAAAUCGGGCAAGCAGUAAUUAUCCGCCGAUCUCCAAUCAUUUCUUCUAAUCGGGCAACGAAAGCGCACUCUCAUCUCUACGACCCCCUAACUUCUUUCAAUCCCUUUUCCUAUCGCCAAUUAAUUGUGAGGCAGAGCACAAAUUUGAAUCGAUCGUCGAUCGAAGCAUUUUUCACAUAUACUGCCUAGGAAUUAUUUGCAUUUCGGUUGCAGACGCGUGCUGCGCGUAACUGUAAACCGUUUUUCAAGGUGCGCUGCCGUCGAUUAAUUACUGUUAAUAAUUAUGGGAUGGUGCUUACGUUUCGGUGAUCACAUCUGUUUUCGGCAGUGACUCGGUUAUUAACCCUUCUAAGAUUUCAUUGUGCCGUUAUCACGGUGUAGUUUAUAUCGAGCAUACGUUACGCAUUGAAUUAUUAUAAUAUUAUUAUUAUUUGGCUUAAAUGUUUCGAUUUCGAUUUCUAAAUAAACAUAGUAGAUUGGUUACACUUAAUAAUAGAUCUGAGUUUGUAUGGAAAAUAUCGCGUUCAUAAACAUAUGCCUGUCGAAGAGACUCUUCUAUCUAACCCAUUGACAUAAUUUGCAACGAGUUCCCCUGUAGAGGAGUUAUUGAUCGCAUAAACGUAUUCUAAAAAUGGACGUUGACGAGAUCUUGGAGGGUUAAGCCGCGCAAUCAACCGGAGAAUCGAUUGGGAACUGAUACGUAACAUGUUCGAGAUGACGAAAGCUAAACACGGCCGAUCGUCCAGACACGUAGUGAUGCAGUUUGUGUAUUGAAUUUUCGCGAAUUUAUGACACCCACGUCUCUCGACGCGAAAUUUUUUUCACGACCUUCGACAUCAGAUAUUUAAAAAUCUGCAAGAAUUCAGAAAUUAGCUUUCUCAGCGUGUUCUUGCAAAAUCUGCACCACUGGUUGUUCGAUUAACGAGCGUAGCACACAUCGUAAAAAGCCCCCCCGACUAGAAGCAGCCGCCAUUUCGGAGGUUCGCAGAGGAUAAGAUUAUCCGCCAAAGUUGUUCUCUCGUCUUCCCGCACAGCGAUAUUAUAUUAUUAUUAAUAUUAUUAAUAUUAUUGUUUAUCACAAAAAGCAGCAGCCCCCAUUUGACUUAGCUGCUGAUCCACUUAAAAAUCAUGUACAAUAUUUGUCAUACUAAACAGCUUUCAUUCGAUUGUCACAUAAAUAUACAAUGUUCGGUGUUCAAAGUAACUGUGUCCUGUAUCAUGUAACAUGCGCGAGAUAUUCCGACAAUUAUUACGCCGUCGCGAAGGUUCGUCAGUUUAAACAAGGAUGCUCGUGCAGGAAGUUAAGUGGCAUCCGCCCCAUGUGGGAUCUUCAAAACGGUCACGGCAAAUCAAAAAUUGCGAAAUCAAAAUGAACGAUCAAAAGAAUCAAAGCAUCAAAGUAACGUUUGUCGAGAGAAUCAAAGUAAAAUGCGGAAAUAUACUAUAUCCAUAUAUUCAACAGACGCAGAAUGUUCGCGCGAGCCUAAUGAAUUUUUCCGGAAUCCUCCGCGCCCCGCGCAGGACGUUGUCACUUCCGAUGUUAAUAUUCGCAGUUAACGUUAUAAUAAUAAUGUAUCAAGUGAUAACUGGCAAAUAUGGAAACUCGCCAAUGAGCAUGAAAAUCAAACUGAAAUAACUCGUCGUCUCAUCAAGCAUGCACGCUCGCGCGUGCAAGAAAGAGAGAAAAAGAGAGAUAGAUCACUGGAUAUCUUUUCGACGCCACAAAAAUCAAAUCCCUCCUUCCCUGCAUACAAGAUUGUAAUUCGUUUCUAAGUCUAGAUAUAUAGCCGGAGGGCUCGUCGGUGUGAGAGGAAGUUAAGCUGUUUGCGCGUUUGAUAUUGCACGCUGGUGCGAUCCGCGACGUGCGGACGUAUCUCGCAAGAAUGCAUAGGGAUAGGUGAGACCCGGGGAUAGAGUAUUUUUCACGUACAAUAAUAUUUUGAAGGUGUCUCUUCCUCAUCUCCAUCUAGAUCUCCUCCGAUACGCGACGGAGGCUCGGUUCUUUAGCUCCGAAAGUCAGAGGGUCGCGGGACGUUAAAGGGAACGUCGCGCGAUUGUCGGCGAGUUCGUCCACGCGUCGGAUCCCGAGGACCUCCAGGAGUUCAUCUAAGACCCUGUGGACGCCGUACGCGCGGAAUCGCGCGCGCGUCAUCAUCAAGCGCCUAGUUCUAGCUCCCGUAUUACAGCAUAUCAUCAUUACGCGUGAAGCGAAUCUUAUCGAUAAACUAGGAUAGCGUUAUCUCCGUUUUAUGGGCUCUUCGCUAAUUACUGUCUCCAUUGAUCCUCCAACUCCGGUGAACUCAGCUCCAUCGGACCACUCGUCGUUCCCCUCCCCACGAAUUGCCAAGGUCGAAGCUAUGUUCCGCACCGAGAAUCAGUUCGUACCAGGUGGGACACGCCACGGAAGUGGACUCGUUACGUGCCGGUUGAAAGCAUUAAAUGUGUCUCCUAUGAACGUUGCAUCUAUUUUACAAUGCUAAUUACAAGCACGAUCCGCACGGAGGUCACUCGCGCAAUUCCUCUCGAAGGGGAUCCUUCGAGUGUCCGAGACCAUCCCAGAAACGCGCGAUCGCUAUAUUUUUUACGAAAUGCGCGAGCUUGCACACAUGCCUCGUAGUUUUUCGUUAAAAAUCCUGCGUUUUUAACGAUCGUACAGGAUUGCGCAAUUCUGAUGCAUUCAAAUGAGUCAUCCGGCACGCAGUUAUCUCGGCAAUGUAGGAUAGAUGUAACGAGUUCCGUGCUUGACUUCUCUGUGUGGAGCUCGCAGGAAGCUUCCCAUGUUUUAAUCGCAUUGUAACAUAGCAUGAUAGAAAGAUACAUCAGUAAACCUAGAGACUAAUUUUUCAGAUCCUUCGAUAAAAUUACACAGGACGUUCCAAGAGGUGAGUGCGUACGUCGAUAGCAAAUGUCCAUGUUCCCUCGGAGAAAUUUCGAAGCGGAUGUCUGGCCUGACUGUCCAAGUUUUUAACAAGUCGCAAAUUAAAUCCCGCACAUCGAUACUCCGCGCUCCGAAUUCUGAGACUGUCGGGGAAAGGUCACGGUACAAUUUUAAUUUCAGCCUUUAUUUAGUUCCACUCUGAAAAAUCCCUCUCGAUAUAUUUCUUCCAGGACAGUCUUUUGCUAUCUGCGCGUGCACUGAUGCGUCCUUCGGAGCAAAUCAUAUAGAUAUUCUAGAUAUUAUAAUAAGAGAAUCGUUCAAAACUUUGUUCGUUAGAAUUAAACUAAUUAGAGGCAUACGAAUUCGCCGUUCUAUUACGGAUCGUUGAGUUUCACAAUCGUCGAUCUUGUUGAUGGUUUAAUCUCGUUAGUGCAACUAUAGAAAUUGCAAUAGGCUGCUCUGACCUAUUUUCAUUGGUAACAACAGGUCGCUAAAAAAAUUUUCUACGCAUUUCGUUAAGGUUAAACAAAUUCGAUUGUACACUUUCCAAAGACGCCAAUUUGUUGUACGGAUCGAUUAACUGCUUCGCAACGAUUUAGAUAAACGAUUGUUAAAAGUAUUUGUAUAAAUCGCUGAUCGCGCGGUUGCUUUAUUACGGACAGUUUCGUCAUUCAGAUCGUAUAGCUUAGGAUAGCUCCUAAAUUUUCGAUGUAUCGUAGCUCGAUGAAAUCGGUGAUUUUCUUUACGAACUACUAUAAAAAUUGUAUAAUGCAUCUACUUACUUAUUGAAGUAAUUGUGUAACCACUACACAUGUAACAAAAAUCCAAUGUUGUCAAUAAAAGUAAAAUAUUAUAUAUA